AUGAUGAUUGUUUCUUAUAAAGAAACAAAGACCGCUGCUGAUAAACUAGAGAAACACAUUGAGGAACUUUAUAAGCAGCUAGCUAGCAUGAGGGGUAAGCAGAACAAGCUGGGAGCUGGUCUGGGCACCAAGACCAAGGCUACUUUUCUUAUGCAAAACAUGGUUGCAACUUCCAAGCUAGCUUUGGAGAUUGCAGAGGCCUCUCUUCAUCAAGGGAUGCUUCUUCAGCAAGAAAUUUCUACCAAGAGGGCCGAAUUGCAAAAGACUCUUCGAAAAUUAGGACUUUAA